AUGAAUUGCGAUAUUAAAUCAAAAACAUCAUUAGAAGAAAAUGAUUAUGAAAAAGAAAAUGCGAAAUUAAUUAUAUCAGAACUAAUUGAUUUACUUAAUGAUGAAAGAAUCUAUAAAGAUAUUGAUGUUAUUAUUGAAAUAACUAAAACUAUACAUUUACUUGUUAAACAAGGUGGUUAUAGAAGAAAACAAGUUAUUGAACAUCCACAUUUGAUCACAUCUUUAGCUAAAUUAUUCAAUACCGACAAUGAUCUUACACGUUUAUUAUCUAGUCUUUUUCAUGAUCUUUCAAUAGAAAUCGAUGGAAUCCGAUUAUUAUUAGACAAUCAUAUUAUACCAAUCCUUCUUCAAACACUUGAAGUGUUAAAUGAUGAUGUCAUUAAUUUUGUUCUUACAACACUUCGUAAUUGUCUUAUUGGUUUAAAUAAUGAAAUAGCAGAAGAAAUUCAAAUAAAUAAUGGUUGUAUGAUUUUUAUAUCAUUACUUAUUCAUCGACAUUCAAAUAAACAAAUGAAUUUUCUCGCUGAUUGUUUAUUACGAUUAGCAAUGUUUAAUAAAAAUGCUCAAAUUUAUUUACAAACAAGUAAAUUAUUUUUACAAGAAUUAGUUCUUAUUCUUGAUGAAACAAAUUAUGAUAAAUUAUCAUGUACAUUAAUACGAAUGUUACCAUUAUUAUCAUCAAAUACAAAAACAAAAUCUAUCCUAAUACAAUUUAAUUUAGUUUCAAUACUUGAAAAACUUUUACAUACAAAAUACGAUUAUAAAAUUCAACGUUGUUGUCUUUUAACAUUAAGAAAUUUAUCCGAUGAAAUUAUUCAUAUGGAUAAUUAUGAUUCAUUGAUUAUUAUGUUAAUAGAAAUGCUUGCAUCGAAUACUGAUAUACAAAUAAAAGUUUAUAUCGUAGAUAUUUUAUCGAAUUUAUCAUGUGAAAAUCAAGGAAAUAAAUUAUUAAUGAUUCGAAAUAAUGUUAUUCAAUUACUUGUUAAUAUUCUUAUUCAGAAUGAAAAUCGAGAUGACAUUAUUGAAUCAUCAAUAUGUACACUUCGACAUUUAACUGGUAAAUGUCCAUUAGCAAAUGAAGCUCGUGAAUCAAUUCGAAUAAAUCAUGCAAUACCAUAUUUAAUAAAAUAUCUUCAUACGAAAGAAAAUAAUUGGUCUUUACUUAAAACAUGUAUUGGACUUAUACGUAAUUUAGCAUUAUCAUCGAAUAAUAUUAAAAUUUUAUGUGAUCAUCGAACUGUAUAUAAAAUCGGAAAAUUAUUUUUUCAAAUGAAAACAAUAUCUGAACGUAUUGAAUUAUUUCUCACAACGUUAUUUGUUUUUUCUCGACAACAAGAUAAUAAAUUUCGAAUAAUUAUUUAUGAUCAAAUUAUUAAUUCAAGUUGUGUUGAAACACUUGUUCAGUUAACAUCAAUGAAUAAUCUCGAUCGAAUUCAGCAAAUGUCUAAAGCAAUUUUAGAUGAUUUAUAUCAUAGUGAACAAAUCGAGCAUCGCGAAAUAUUGAAACAAAUCGAAAAAUCUAUUAAAAUUGCACAAUUUCUACAAACUGAUUGA